GUUGGAUUGGGACUCGAUUUGCGUUUGAACCUCCUUUUGCGCUCCUGCUGCAUCCAUUGUCACAUCGCCUCUAAGUGAGCUGCGGAAUAGGUUCCCAGUCCUUUGAACCAGGACUCCUAUUCCCUGUCUUCACAGCGUGUAUGCUCACACGCCUUUGCUCUCUUUUCAUUUCCGACGCACCGUUUCUCUUCGCCAACGUUCCUCUUCCUCUAUUAUUGUAUGCUAAGUUCUGCGAUUGGAGUUGUUGCGGUGACCCUGCGGGUUCAAAGGCUGGUUGGACUCUUGAGAUAAAUUUUGUCAAACGAUAGUCAAUCACUUCCCACUGCAGUAAGACAGGCAUCGCCAUAGGCAAUUGAAUAACGAGUGCCGAUCUCAUGAUGGCCUACCAGAGGGGUAAAAAAGAAGUAUCUGCUCUUGUCCUGCUUCUCAGCUGCAUGAGUGCGUGCACCCUGGCUAUUGCGUUGAAUGAGGAGGAUUCCAGAGGUAUUGGGGCAGGAAAGUUCAAUCCUAAUCAUGCACCUGUGAUAACUGGAUCCUCUCAUCUUAAGAGUGAGCUGCACCAGGACGUUGUGCGAGUAUUGCGGACUGUGCAGACUUACAGUGCAUUCGCAGCAUUGCUGGACAAUAUGACAGAAUCGGUCAUCCGACAGGGAAUCACAAUCUUCGCUCCCAAUGACGGAGCUCUGUCCGACUUCCACAAGAGGAAGACACAAGAACAUCUUGAAAAUCUUGUAAGAUUCCACAUUAUCACAACCCCGCUGCCUUUCUCAAACCUGCUACGGAUGGAAGCAGGAAGCAGAUUGAAGACCGCUGUGUCCAAUUUCACGAUCUUAGUCACGAAUACAACUAAAGAUGCUUACCAAGUGGACGAUGCAACCAUUAUCGAUCCUGACCUGUACACAGGCGCGACCAUUGCAGUCCAUGGCAUUAAUGCUGUGUUCAAUACAACCAAAAUUGGGGAAGGUCCACUACCUGAAAACCCGAAGUUAGGAAACGAAGCUCCAAGCGAAACAACACCAGGCGGAAUCGUUGUAAGCGGAAGUAAUAGCGGAUCAGGGGGUAAAAGAUCUAAAUAUGGCUCUGCAUUUAGAAUCCCCAUCAAUGUCGAGGGUGUUCCAUUCCAUGAUUAUCUUAUGGCAUUCGUUGUCAUGUUAUUGCUUCAGUACUUCACAGUAGCAAUUUGAGUAACAUUGCCCUCAUCCGGACCUCUGCAUGUCCCAAAGUGUACUAACCAGAGGAGGGUGAGAGAUAUCUGCUGUAGACAUGCACGCGCAAAGAAAUCACACCUAUAUAAUAUCAGAUAAAGCGAAUCUGGAGUAUCUUGAUGUUGCACGACAGGUUGACCUGUCUUUUUUCUGGGAUUGGAGUCACCAACUUGGCCACAUAUAUACGCACACCCAAUUUCUCAUCUACAGA